CUCAGAUCAACAUCUCAGAUCAACAAAGAAGUUAGUACCUUAUCCUUUCAACUGCAUCAUGGCUGACAUGUGUUUCAAUUUGUCUGACGCUUUGGACAGCUACCAAUCCGACUGUGUGGACAUGGACUCUUGUAUGCACUGCCAUCCAAUGGUCAAGACCAGUGAGCACAAUGUGUGUGACCAACAGUUAGGAAUCGACAUAGAGGUGGCUGAUGAGCCACAUAACAUGCGGCAGUGGGUAAACCUCGUCAUUGCCUUGCACCGUUUAAAGAAAACCCAGAAGGUGCAGAGCACUGAAUUCUCAGACGAAGAGUUGUGUAACAUUUUCUUUGAGAAUUUCGUUGAAGAGUGUGUGACGCCAACGGUUCAUGAACGAACUUGCCAGGCUCCUGAUCACUAUGAGAAGACUGGACAACCGGUGCAAAAGUGCUACAUCUGCGACAGUCUAAGCAAGUUCCUGGUUAUAAAUGAAGGAAUUACCAGAGAGCUGCAGGCCAUCACCCUCCAGGGUGGGAACAUGAACAAAAGGGUACAACUGGAACUGACUACAUACCUACCCUCAGUGCCACGUGCCAACGGCCGGCCUAUCGCCUUGGGGUUGGGACGCAACCUCUACCUCUCGUGCAACUUCACCUCAGGGAAACCAGUUCUGGGCAUAGAGAUGGUGAGGAAGGAGGACCUGGAGAGCAUCAGUGGCGACAUGAAUCGAUUCCUGUUCUACAAGACGGUCUCAGGACAAAGUCAGACCAGCUUCGAGUCUGCGAAGUAUGAAGGCUACUUCAUCAGCACAUCCAACCGUAACAGGCAGCCAGUGGACAUGUGCCAGAGUCAGGACGCCCCCAACCGCCUGACAUCGUUCAUGGUCCUGUAAAGGAGCCAGUUCUGCCACUACAUACCAGAUACCCAGACAGUAUGUACAAUGUACAGCCUUUUGUCUGGGUGUUUCUUUUUAAACCUGAGUAGAGUUAUAGGAUUGAAAACAGGAUCCCUAAUCUCACCCAGUAUGGAUUUCCAAAUUUAUAUUUGGGAAGAUUUGUCUUAGUAAAUACAAUUUGUAUGCCUGUCAACAAGUUAAGUUGAAGUUCAAAUUGAAUUUCUGUGGAUGACGGGAACCUUAUUUAUUUGUAUUUAUGAUGCCACUGAAGUUGUAUUAUGUACUCAUUAAUCAUAUAGAGUUUCUUGGUUAUUAUUUAUUUGAGUAUUUAUUUAUGUCUUUAUUUAUGUAUUAAUUCAAUUAUUUAUUAAUUGUAUGAAUGACAUGUGAUUCUUAUUUAUUUUGUGAACAAUUAGCAUCCUGGACAGUCAUCUAUCAUGAUUUGUUAAAGCAAACUUAGGCUCUGUGAUUUCCGGUGUGACGGGAAUGAUAGAAUUUUAGAACUUUGAAUUGUUGGGGAACAGAAUCUUAUGUUAGAAUGUUCAAAAACCCACACCUUUAAGGGUUAAAACAUCCCAUAGAACAUAUAUCUUGCAUAACUGCAAUCACUGUUUUUAGAAUGUGUGUCAGACUAUAUCUUUUGUAUUGCUUUGCAUUCAAAAUAAAAUAUUUUUGAGAAUUA